AUCGGUCGUCUCUGCAGCUCCAAAGACUCCAAGCUACCACCAACUAGCGACAAAGUAGGCGGAAAAGAUACAUACAUAGAUACUUUUGUAACCGACAUAAUGAUGCCAAAGCUGGGCUGUUUCUCAUUUUGGCUAAUGUUCGUUGUCGGAGCCGCGGUGGCCAUCGAAGUUCAGAAAUUCGGAUAUCUAUUCAAUCCACCGCAACCGGAACACCCGCAGCAUCACGAGAAGAAGCAAGACUUGAACAAGAUACCUGGAGUUCCGGGCGUUGAUUAUCCGAUUUACCACGAGGUGCCACACACCCACUUCAGUUGCCACAAUGUGCCGGCCACUCCGGGAAUGUACGCCAACGUGGAGACGGGCUGCCAGGCGUACCACGUGUGCCACGAUGGACGCGAAGGUGACCAGGGCGCCAAGUUCCUAUGCACCAACGGCACCAUCUUCAACCAGAAGGAAUUCGCCUGCGAUUGGUGGUACAAUGUCAAGUGUGAGGAGGCUACCCACUUUUACCACUUGAAUGCCGAUCCCGAGCACAAUCCCUACAUUCCCAAAAAGAAACCUGAGCUGGAACCUUAUGCAAAUGAUAUUCAUGAUGCUAGCAAAUUUCUGAUACAAGCUUAAAUCCAUUUCCGUUCUCAUUGUGUUGUUGUUGUUCCCAAUCUUGUAAAUAAAAAACAUAACAUUAUAACAAAGAGUGGGUAGCCCCUUU